CAGAACCCCAGCUUGCAUCAGACAUAGAUUGCCUAGGCUCAUAUCCUGUUUCCCUGACUGUAGUUACCACGUGCCUGUCAGCCCAUCCUUUAACCGCAACGCCUUUUGCCGUAUCUACGCAACUCACAGAAACAUCUGACUUUUUGUUUGUGAGGACCACUCCGCCUCUUUUUACAUUUUUAUACAAUGGCUCUUGCUAGCCUGGGGCUUUUGGUAAUUGGCUCCAUACCUACUGUGAUCGGUGUCGCAGAAGCCAUCGAUGGCCAGAAGAAGCAAAACCAACAGGCCAAAGAUCGAAUCAAGUUCAACAUAACGACUCUACUGUCAGCAGAUGGGGAGUCUCCACCACAGCAAGCCACCGUAGUAUUUAAAGAGGGCAAGCUCUGGCUAGAUCACCCAGCGCACCCCGUGUCAGGCUACAAGUUUAACGGUUUCUAUUUUGGCUACCCUGGAGAAAACCCAAUACAGGGCAUGGUGUCAAUGGCGUGUGACAAUCCUCCAGCCCUGCACUGGAUCUUCGUCGACAAAGACACGGGGGCUUUACGUCAUGGGUCGCGCUCCGACAGCGCGGGGCACAUUGUCGGCCCCUGGAACUGGACAGAAGACGAGCAAUUCGUCGCUCUGGAGGGGACGCCUGCCUUUCUGGCAGUAGAAAACGAGGACGGGGCUUGGCAGGUGCAUUUUGACAAAACUGGGGAAAGGGACUUUGGGAAUCGUGUGGUUGAGGAUAUCAUGCUUCACCGUGAGCUGCAGCUCGGUGUGGCUAGCUCGUAUGUCGGUGGGAAAUAGGUUGCAUGUUGAGUAUUCCCACUAAUUGGAUAGACCGUUGUAUUUCGAAAUUUUGCUAGGCCGUGUGGAUAGGGUUGUAAUUCAACGUGCGGAGUUUGGGGGUAGUGAGCGAAAGGGUAGGUAUGCUGACAGCACUCGUGCACCGUCAAAGUCAGUAGAAAAUCUGUAGUCACAGGUACUUGUAGAUACAUUGCGUUGGUUACAUCACUAGAAUAAGGCUACUAGUUAGAUGAUAAGGGUUCGGCACAAUCCACG